UGUCACACGGAGGCAGUAAAAACCCAUUUCUCUAACCUGAACUGUGACCGACUCGUUUCUUGGCCACGUGACAUUCUAGUGACAGAUUCUGCAUAUUCUGCAAGAGAUGCACGAUGUGAAAAACGAAACGAGCAAGAAGUGAUUACGGACUUCCCCAGUGACUGUAUGCUUUGAACACCUUGAAACAUCAGUGCCUUCAACAGUCUCCGCAGAGUGCAAAGGCGGCAUUUCUCCAAUGUCGUCAAUUCAUGUGGAGCUUGAGGAACGUAGAUCUCCCUGUCCUCAGUCGACUAUGGACUAAGGUGUGCUAGAACUGUCCCCAGCCUAGUCUUCAUCAAAUAGCAGAUGUGUGAGAAGAGGAUUGGAGUCUGUUGAGGGCAGAGUACAAUGAACGAAGCAACAGUGUGGAUGUGGUGGGAAGGCACCACACAGACACCGCUCAAAAGGGUCUGAAACCACAUCCUUAGUCACGCCACUGAUGAUGACGCCUUCGCUGUGACAAACUCUGAAAAUUGUUCCACUAAACAUUCUCACACAGACAUCAGUGCAUCAUUAUCUCGGCUUGCUUAUUGACGGAUAAAGUGGCAGAAUUUUAAAUCAAAAAAGUGGCUGAUAACAGUGGGUCGUCCCCAUGGCUCUAAUGUUCUUAUUGAUGCUGUGGGACCUGACUUUUUUCAUUCAGGGUGUCACAUUGUGCGAAGUCACUUGUUCAACGGACUACGAUGUUUCACUGAAUUGUUCCUGUGGUUUUGACUCUGUGCUGACAGAGCCUGUCCACCUCACAGUCAACUGCAGUGAUGGAGAUCUUGAGGCUAUUGACAGCUGUCAAAUCACACCGCCUCAAUCCUGGUGCGAGAUGUUGCCAGAGGGUUUAAGUGAUGUUGCAGUAGUUGAAACCAUGUGUACUGCAACAGUCAGUCAACAAGGCAGUCAAGUAAUAAUGAGUGAGCCAUCCAGAUGGGCGCUGAGUAGUGUUGUGAAACGUCCGCCACCUUUCAAUGUUAAUGUGACAAACACUGACAGCCUCUACAACAUCACGUGGGACAACAAAAACGACGAAGGAGAGUGUUUCACAUAUAGGGUGCGCAUAAGAGAAAGCAAAGACUUGUCAAAGGAUCCAGCUUUUUCCAAUUUAUUGGACCAAAAGUACAUUUCACUAGACCACAAGAAACUGCAACCACUUACCAACUAUACUGUGGAUGUUCAGGCCAAAUAUUGUCCUGAGAAUCUCUAUCAGGGUCCGUGGAGCGAGUGGAGUUCCACUGCAGAGUGGAGGACUGCAGGAACUUCUAAAGAGACUGAGGGAAUUAAAGGAUGGUGGAUUUACGUCCUCCUGGUCAUCAUUCUUGUUGCAGUCCUCUUGCUGGGUUAUUCACAAAAACCGUUUUGGCUGAGAAAACUCCAGCAGAUCAUAGACAUCCCAAGGGCAAAUGACUUUUUCAAGCCCCUCUACCACAACUAUGGAGGGAACUUUAAGGAUUGGGUGAAUCCUGUAUUCAGCGAGUAUGAUUACCGUGGAGUCAACACACAUGUCGAGAUUAUAACCGAGAAGCAGCACGACGUCCUUCACUGGAACAAUGAGAAACAAAGCUACAGCGAGGACAAGGAGAUGAAACAAGGUGGUUGUUUCCUCCAUAUCCUGCAACCUCACUGCAACUCGCUGCCGCACUUCCAGGACGGUCGCAGUUCGCAGGGUACUGGCCACUCCACUGGACACAUCUCUAUCCAUACUGUAACCCUGUCUGGAGAGGAAGAGUUUGAGGAGGAAGUCAUGUCACAGAGCUCUGUAAACACCCUCAGAAGUUACCAAGAUGGAGGAAGUUUUGCUUCAUAUGAUGGAGACAACAGAGAGCAUGCUGGCUAUGAUUUAGAGCCUCCGAUGUCCAGGAUGGAUAGACAAAAUGAGAUAUUACCAGAGCUUGAAAACCAAAUAUCCAAUGACCCAUCAGUGGGAAAUAUAAACUUUCAGCCACAUGCCCAUUUCAAUGAACCAGAGAGGGUAUCACUUGACUCAUUUGCCUCAAACGAACAGUCAGAAGAUGGCUACCCACACGUGGACUUGGACACCAUUGACAGUGGAUUUGGGGAGUGCAGCAGCCCUGGGACAGCAGAGCACAGAGACUCAGAUUUAUUUCAUGAGCACAAAAACUCUAAUUCUAACUACGUUAAACAGUGGAUGAUAUGUAGCACUAUUCAAGAGGACUCAAGCAACCCAGAGAACAAACUCCAUGAAACACAGUGAUCACCAAAGCUGCUUUACUCCCACAAUUACAGUUUGUAGUGCUGUUGGACUUAAAACAUGGACAUUAUUGUUGACAUUUCUAGCACGGAUAAUUUCAAAGUAAAUAGGAUGUGUCUGAUUGGCAUAAAAUCCUGUAUAUUUUUUUUUUAUCUUGAAAUGUUUUAGUUGUGCACUUUGUACGUAUAUAGUCAGGUUUCAUUGUUUAAAAAGAUGUUGCCUUUUUUUGUUUUUAAGAGACAGUCCGAGGAGAAAAAUAAAUUCGGUUGGACAGGGAGGAAUGACAUGUAUGAAGUCUGAAGAGUGCCACCACAGUAAUAUUUUUCAGUGUCAAAUUAUAAUGAAAUCAAUCGAUCAAUUAUAAAUUCAUCAUUUAAAGACAGAAUAAGGAAAUAUAAUCAUCAACUUACAAAUGUACAGGGUUUUUUAAAUGUCUCUUACUGUGAGUUAUUAAUGCAUCAUAUGAAUGCUAAUUCAAUUAAUUAAGUUAUAUUAACUUUUAUAAAUGUAUAAAUCAAUUAAUAGAUUGUAAUGAUGCACUGAGAAAGUCUUAGAACUAUUCUGAUGGGACACUCCGGACUCCAUAGAUAUGCAACAUGUGAUCAAAAUGUUGUAUAUUUGAUUUAUACAGCUGGAGGAUGUUUUUUCGUUAUUUGUAUAUACAGAUUCAUUUUCUCAUGGUCAUGCAUGCUUCAUUAGCUUGUACUGUAGCACCAGGAUGCAUGCUGCAUCUUAUCAAGAUCCAGUUUUCUGAUAAUGUUUCCUUACGCAUGCAGUCUUUUAGUAACCACUGUAACCAUCCGUUCUGUUUUGCGCAAUGUCAGUAAAAAGAGUAAACAUGGACAAAAUUUUAUCAUCUGUAAACACGAUAGAAUGAUUGUCUCUGACCUUGACACCAUUUGUUGGAACGAAGUGGACAAACAUGCCAGACAAGCCUUUACAAACCAUUCUUUCACCUUGAGUAGAGAAUGUUUGCGGAGCACAUUUGUUCUCUUUCACCAAAUGGUAUAUUUGACAUUAUAUAGUUACUGAACAUAAACAAUGGUGGAAUUGCAACCAUAGUAUUUUACCAAUUUACUGGGAAAAACUCUAUUUUGACUCUAAAAUCAUUUUCUUUUCUGGUCCCAUAUUGUUUAUUUCUCCGAUUCUGGGUGAAUGUUGUCAAGACAACUCUUCAGGAUAUUUAAUUAGAGCUUUAAGGUUCAUAUUUGUUAGGCUUUGAUAAACAUAAUUAACAGAUAAUAUCUAACAGUGGGUUUUUCCUAUUGAAAAGGCUCUUGAUGGUCGCUGUGGUGGGAGGGGGAAGUGUGGCUCUUUACUUUCAAGUCCAGAGUUUCCCUGCCAGACAAUGGUCUCAAUGUGUUCCUUGUUAAAGUACAAGUAUGUUUGUUUAUUCCACACCAACCUUGCUGUUGUGUCUACACUUUCCACAACCAUGCAGUCCAUGUACUGUGGAUUAAAGCUAUAUUAACAUAGUGUAGUCUGUAAGUAAGGUGACAUGUUUUAUAUUGUAUUGGCUCUGUACUCCAGCACAUUGGAUUGACAUAUAACAGGGGCUAUGAGGUUGUAGUGCUGACUUUCAGCUUUCAGAGUGAUGGCAGGUUUCUGUUAGUCAUGUUUUGAAUUUUAGUGGCUCAUCAUCAUGCAUUUGUUUCUUCAAGGCAACAGCAAAAUAUGAAAAUGGCUAACAAGGCAAACGUCAACUAAUUGUCAGAGGACAGGAUACAAAUUCAGACAGUUUUAGCUUUAGUGAAAGAUGAAAAGUGUAAAUGUAGCUUGGCUGUGAAUGCACAUUGUCUCACAAUCUGGUGUCUGUCUGCUUCCUUGCUUAUCUCAAGCUUGACCUUCUGAUUUUGUCAGUUUUGUAAAGUUUUUCU